AAUGUUAAUUGUGUAUGUUGCAUGCGCCAAAAGGAAGUCCUCCCCCCCUAAAAAAACCCAUGGAGUGCGGAAGUACAACAGAAGUUCGUCACACAAAGGGCGCGUGAACGACAUAACAGACCACACACAAAACAGCCAUCCAGAUUCAUCUAAAAUAUAUCUACCAUGGCCACCGCGGAGCCGGUGUACAACUCGACUACAACGCAGGAGCCCAAAACCAGAAAAUGCUUCACCGUUCCGUCGGAAUAUCUGAGCAAAAUAAGAUGCAUAAUUAAAGUGUUUGAAGUGCUUCUCUCUUGUGUGGCGUUUGUGGUGGAGGAGGUCGUGUCCAACUGCUCAUCGUGUGGGCCGCUCUACUUCUUCGAAUUUGUCAGCUGCACAGCCUUCCUCUUCACACUGUUGCUCCUCGUCCUCCUGUCCACAACACUGCACGAAAGAGUCGGAAUUAACAGCUGGCCAACUUUGGAUUUUGGGUACACGAUAGGCAUCACAAUCCUAUUCCUACUUGCCAGUAUUGUGUUUGCGGCAGGCAACAGUGGGUCAACCUUGGAACAAACCGCAGUGGCAUUUGGGUUCCUUGCCACAGUGGCAUACUUUGUUGACUUUGGUUUCCUUUAUAAAGAGAAGGGCAUCCCAUGUCAAAAGAGGACCAGCCAACCUACAGACAGUACAGCCACGGCAAUGCCAGAGAGUGAGAAACUUAAUGCCAAUGGAACUGAUUAAAAUGUUUUGGGGAAAUGUUUUACCAACAUUCGACUGGCUUUUUAAAAGCGUUUUUUAAAAUACUGUUUUAUCCCAAAGCACAAAGGCUGUAAUAUUUCAUAUCAACUUUUAGAGGACCACUUUGACCUUGUGCCUUGAUUGUUUUUACUCUGUAAAAAGUCUUAAUAUUACAUUUGAAAUAGGAAAUCCUUAUCAUUUUCUUUUUCGGACAUUUUAAAUGCUUUUAUACACAAAGUUUUCCUUUUGUGAUCAUACAUAAAUCAUCAUGCCCCAACAACUUGCUUUCAUUAAAGAUAUAUGUUCAUUUUUAUGAUUCAACAGUACAUAAAGAUACACUGUAUUUCUUACAGAAAUGCCCACUCUUGACUUAUUUAUUAUGUAUGCAUUUUUCCCAAAUAAUAUAUUUUGAUAAAAAUUGGGAUUUGACCAUUACUUGUAAUCGUUUAAUGUUACAAAAGUAUGGAUAGACUAUGGACAAGUAGUUGACAUCAUGAAAGACCAGCAUUUUGUAUAUAUUGAAAAUUAUAUUUUUUGGGGUACAGGUAAAUUUUGCACUGUAUACACAACAAUAAAUGUAUUUUACUGUAAAGAUAGUUUGGUGAGCUUUUGUGAAUGAGUUUGACAACAGGCUGAUUAGGUUAUUAUGGCCCUAUGAUUAUAUAUUUUUCUGUGCAAAAGGGAUUUCAGGAUUGAAAGCCAAAGAUCUUUUUUAUUAAAACAUUCGUUUUUGUAUUUCAUGGAACUAGAAUUGUAUAUUUUUUUCUUGUCUUAUUCCGUGUAAUCCUAGAAGAUGAGAUUUUGUUGUGUCUUUGAUCUGUACAUUAUAAAGUAAUAAUUGAGAAGUGUUAUGUUAAAAUGAAAAUGUAAUGCCUUUUCCAAACAGAUGUUAGUCUUAGGGGUGUGCGUAGGCCUAAGUGUGUGUAAAUGCCCACAAAUAUGAACGGACUGCAAUUUUUCCAAGACACUAAAUUGGCUUGUGCUUUGACCUUCCUGUGCUAAAGAACUGACUGCUGUUUCCUGUGUUAAAUAUAAAUUGUGAAAAAUGAUAUAUUGGUAUUUUGUUUAUACCCUUAAAAUUUUGCUUAUUCAUCAGUGGAAAAAAAACUGACACACAUGGAAGAUUUAAUUAUUGGAAAGGACUAAUGUUGGCAGCUGUAAAGACUAGUAGGUAUGUUUAUAUAGCAGCAUCUCUCUAUAUAAUAAGACAAUAAAUAGAUCCUGGGUUCCAAG